AGAACCUUGAGGAAGAAGUUCCUUUAUGUGAUGUUUGAGCCGGUCAGUACCUCUGGUCACGUGGUGCAGGCAGCAAUACUGAUAUGCAUUGUAACUAUGAACCAUGUCUCGGUAGCAAGUAAUGUAGAAGUCCAGCUCAGAUGUAUGGCUUUGUGUAUAGCUUGCGGUCUUAUCAAAUGAAGCCGCGUUCCUGUGUAGCUGGGUCGGUGGCGCGUAUAUGCACCGCCGCUGCUCUCUAUAUGGGCCAUACCAUGACGCAAGGAUAAUUGGCUCAUGAGACGUAAAGCUCUGCUCUUUUGUUCUGUAAAUAUUUUCUGAGCGACCCGGAGUCCGAAAUGUGCACUUGUAGUGAGACAGCGGCAACUUUGCGUGGUGAACAGUGAGAGGCCGAAAUUUCGUAGCUUGUCGUGACGAACAAACAACGACAUCACCUACACAAUCUUCUUCGCAACAACAUCUCUACAUCUAUUCACACUUCAAAAUGGCAUCCAAGUCAGGCAUGGUCAACCCGGCCAUCUUCCAGGAUCUCCAGGCGCGCGUAGACGAAGACACCGCCGUUCGGGAUGAGCUGCGCGACAUCAUACAGGCACUCGAGAAGCACAACCGCAAUGUCUCGUUUGUGCUGUCAAGAGCCCAUUCGACACCGGUGAACGAGCUACCCGAUAUUCUCAAGGCUUCUCAGGAACCGAUUGACAAUGUAAUCGCCACUGUCGGCCAGCUGUCGCAGGCUGCGUCAAAGAUGCCGUACUACAAGUUCAACAACAUGUGGAGUCGUCAGAUGCAGGGCGCGUGUGAGAGUGCUUUGUUCUGGGGCUGGCUCGGCGGCUUCAAGUAUGAUGGCGGUGAAGUACAAUGCGGCCGUCUGUUGACCAUCGAGGAGCUCGGCGAGAUCUUCAAGAUUCCCGUGAACCUCAAGGACCGCGAUGAGUUCCAUCUCUCGCUCGAAGAGUACCUUCAUUCUCUUAUGACGCUGGUUGAGGAAUUGACACGCCUUGCACGUAACGCCGUCACGCUGGGUGAUUACGAGCGUCCGCUUCUCAUCAACCAGUUCGUCAAGGAUCUGCACGCGGGUUUCCAGAUCCUCAACCUCAAAAAUGACAGUCUGCGCCGCCGUAGCGAUGGUCUGAAGUACAGGGUCAAAGAUGUCGAGGAUGUAGUCUACGAUCUGUCGUUGAGGAACUUGCUACCUAAGAAAGCAGAGCAGAAGCAGUGAGAGGACCGCAGGGUGUUGCAGUAGGAGCGCUGCGUCCAUCGUCACGAAGUAGAUACUCGUCUCAUGGAAUUCAGAAGCCGAAGCGAACAACGGGAAUCUACAUACAAGACUAGUAAUCUGUUCUUCCCCAAACGCUUGUAGUCCUUGC